AUGGCGGAACCCGGUGAUGCGGUACGAGUGGAUGAUGUGGAAAACAGUAGCGAUGAGGAGGAGGAGGAUGAGGAUGAAGAGGAAAGCAGUACGACAAGUGAAGACGAAGCUUCGGCUGCAGCAAGCAGCAGCAGCAGCGGUAGCAGCAGCAGUGGAAGCAGCAGCAGCGGAAGCAGCAGUAGCAGCAGCAAAGUUGAAAGUGAGGACGAACAGAGCGAUUAUAAUGUCUGGGAUUCUCCAGAUGAUGGAGCUCAGACCGAAGAAGCGAUCGUAAGGCAUUUUUUAUUAGUAUAUUCAGCAAACUCGUCGAACGGAGCCCUAGAUUUUUGCCUCACUGACGUAUUUUCGUGGAUUUUUUUAUGCGUUUUUGCAUAUAUGAAAAUUGCAAAAACGCAUAUUGGGAAGAGGCUGUCUGUAUGUGUCUGUGUGUUUGCACUUUUUGUCACCCACUUUCAAUUCGAGAACCAGAAAAUCUAG